AUGCAGAAGCUUCCUCAGGGGUUUGAAGGAGCUACUGUGGAAAGACUUAAAGAACUCUUGGGGUUCCAAUGCAGUAAAAUGGAUUGUGCCAAACUUGAAAGGGAAGUUACAAAAGAAGAAAUCAAAGAGGUGAUGUUCAAAAUGCCUACAAGUAAAUCGCUGGGGCCGGAUGGAUACACUUCAGAGUUUUUUAAAGAGGCUUGGCCGGUGAUUGGUGAAGAUAUAAUCAUUGCUAUUCAAUCUUUCUUUACAAAGGGGUUCUUGCCAAAGGGAUUAAACUCCACCAUUCUGGCUCUCAUACCAAAGAAGGAAGAAGCAAAAAUGAUGAAAGACUAUAGACCCAUCUCAUGUUGCAAUGUAUUAUAUAAGGUAAUCUCUAAGAUCAUCACCAAUAGAUUGAAAGGUAUUAUGUCGAAGUGUAUUCCCCUAAAUCAGUCAGCUUUCGUCAAAGAGAGACUACUGAUUGAGAAUGUUCUUCUAGAAUCUGAGUUGGUGAAGGAUUAUCACAAAGAAGAUAUUUGUCCAAGAUGUGCUAUGCAGAUUGAUAUAUCAAAGGCUUUUGAUUCAGUUCAAUGGCCUUUUCUGUUAAACACUCUGCAAGCUUUGGGGUUCCCUGAGAAACUUAUCAAGUGGAUCUCUCUGUGUAUCACAUCGUCUUUGUUCUCUGUUCAGGUUAACGGCGAAUUGGCGGGUUAUUUUCAGAGUAAAAGAGGUCUCAGACAGGGCUGUUCGUUAUCCCCAUGCCUAUUUGUUAUAUGUAUGAGUGUGCUAUCAAAGAUGAUAGAUGAAGCUGCUGAAGGUGUCUUGAAGGUGUUUGAAGAGUUUGACAGAAUGAGCGGUUUGAAGAUCAGUAUGGAAAAGUCGAUUCUUUUUAUGGCGGACCUUGUCGAGAGUUUUCCCAUCAUAAUCGUCGUCAUUCGUUUGAAAAAGAAGGUGUCUGUGGAUUUGGUGCACAAUGAUCUUAAUGAUACUAUGGUAACGAUCGGGGCAUCUCAUGGGUGGGUAGCUAGUCUGAAGGACGAUGGAAUCCUGCGUCUCCAUGACGAUCAAAACCCGUAUGCAUUGUAUAAAGAUCCCAUUUGCAUCCCACUGCCUCCUCUUGUGACUCUGCCACAUUGUCAAACCAAAAUCAUCACCAACGUGUCCAUGUCAUCAUCUUCUCUGGAGGAUGAUGAGGACUGUGUCGUGGCUGUCAAGUUCUUGGGUCCUCAGCUCAGCUUUUGCAAACCAGCUGGUAAGAGUAAACUAGAGUGGACCAACGUCAAGUUAAACUACCCCUGCUUCUACUCCUCCCGUGUCAUGUUUUCCAAGAAAUACAACUUGUUUCUUAUUCCCGGAUCCGGAGGCCACCUCAUGGGUGCAUGGGACCCCUGUAAUCCCAGCGAUCGCCUUAUGUUUGAGAGCCUGCGAUUUGAAAACCCUCCCAAGCUACCCACUCCCGUACACGAGCUUAUGGAUUCAUGCUGCAUGCACCAACACUUGGUGGAGUCAACAUCCACCGGUGAAACUUUCUUGGUUAAGCAGUAUAGGAAGACAGCCAAGAUCGUCGAAGGUGUUGCUCAAAUGAAAACAGAAUAUUUAAUGGUGUACAACCUAGAUGAUGAAGGAAACGCGGUUUACACACAAGACAUGGGAGAUCUGACCAUGUUCCUCUCAAGGUCUGAACCUUUCUGUAUCCCUUCUACUUCCUUUCCUGGUUUUCGGCCCAACUGGGUUUACAUCUUGGAUAUGUCAAUCUGGAGCUCGAUGGUUGCCCCUUCUUUGCUUCAGUUAAAAAAACCCCCGCUCCUUACUAUAUUCCACCUCGAAAUUAUCCUCCACGGUUAA